GCGGUGGAAAGAACGCAACGCGCUCGUGAUGUACUUUGUGGUGAGAAAAGUUGAAGGCUGGCCGAUCUUUUGUUUGUUGCCGUUUGCAUGACUCGUUGAGAAAUUGUUUCCUGCAUCAUGUCUGAGCGGACUGAGCUGUCUCAGGAUGUUGCAGCCCACAUAGCAGAGUUUCUGACGUCUUUAGGACUGAAACUUUCAAGCCCUGAAGUUUCAGAAGAUGAUGUUGAUAGUGUGGUCUACCAAAUAGAGAAUGUAAUCUCCUUGCUUGGCAAAUGUGCUGACCGGUCAUCUUUUGGAAACAUGGACAGUGCACUGGAGAAAUUACAGGAGGCACAUGAGCUGCUUGAAUCAACAAAGGAAUCUACAUCUCAUGGCUACAAAGCUCCAGUGCUUAAACAUACUGGUGAGAAGGGACGGCCUGCCUUUGACAUCAGCAUGGAUCAGUUGGAAUACCUCCUUGAGCUAGACUUCACGAUUCCUGAGAUAUCACGCCUGUUGCAUGUCAGUUUAAGCACUGUCAAGAGAAGAAUGAAGGAAUAUGGGCUUUCUGUGAAACAAACAUACACCCAGAUAUCAGCUGAAGACCUGAAAAAGGUGGUUAGCGAAUUCAUUCAACAGUGUCCGAAUUCAGGAUAUGCCAUGGUGUCUGGAUAUCUCAAGAGUUCAGGCAUCAAAGUAACACGAUCUACAGUUCGGGAAACACUGAAGGCUGUGGAUCCAGUGGGCACCCUGCUGCGUGGAUUGCACCUUAAUUUCAUUCACAGAAGAGUGUAUUCAGUUCCUUCACCUUUGUCUCUUUGGCACAUCGAUGGAAAUCACAGACUGAUCAAGUGGCGCAUCGUCAUCCAUGGGGGCAUAGAUGGAUUCAGUCGUAAAAUCAUGUAUUUGAAGGCUUCCACCAACAACCAGGCAGCAACAGUUUUGGAGGCAUUUUUGGAAGCUGUUGAGCAGUUUGGUUUGCCAAGUAGAGUGAGGAUUGAUAAGGGUGGUGAGAAUGUUGAUGUGGCAAGAUUUAUGUUGGAGCAUCCUCUUCGUGGGCCAGAGAAGACCAGCUAUAUAACAGGAAGAAGUGUUCACAAUCAGCGUAUUGAGCGUCUGUGGCGGGAUGUCUGGUGUGCAGUUACGUCAAAUUACUAUGCAGCUUUCCAGUAUCUGCAGGAAAUUGGAGCACUGGACCCAGACAAUGAAAAAGACCUCAUAUGUCUACACUAUGUCAUGGUGCCUAGAUUGAACGUGGACCUUAACCUGUUCAGACGGGUGUGGGACCGACAUCCCCUCUCAUCUGAAGGCAACAGAUCUCCACAACAGUUGUGGGUUUCAGGUCAACUGUUGAACACAGAUUUUCCUGCUGAUCCAAUGGAUUUCACUAACUUUGGAGUGGACUGGGAUGGUCCUGUUCCUGCCAUGGAUUGUGGUGCUGUUGAAGUUCCUGAGGCCCCUGCAUCGCUUCGGCAGGCUGUGCUCCGAGAAAUAACUCAAAACAUCAAUCCCCUAAGGUCAAGUCAGUGUUUUGGCUUGGAUGUUUAUUUGGAGGCACUAAGACUCAGUGAAACAGUCACUGUUUAGGGGCAAAAAUCUGCAGAACCAGUGUUUAAGCAUGGCAAUGUCACUUUUUCAGAAUAUUGUAUAUUAAAGAUAAUUGUAAAAUCCACAAAAGCUUUAUAGAUCUUUAUUGUAAAGUUGUUAAACAGUGUUUUUCAUGCUUGUUUUGCACAUUCAUAUUUUAUACAUGCAUCUAAAUGCCACUUCUGAUGCAGAUUCUGUUUCCUCUGCCGUGGAAAAAAUAAUGGUAAAAGCCCUACAGUGAGUUAUUCUAAUUAACAUGAAAUUGAUAGCCAAGGUUAGGGGAAAAUUACCUUUUUAUAAAUGUAAAAAA